AUGUCAGACGCAACCCAGGAGGCUUUGGCCCAAAUUAAGAAAACCCUUGAGCUUCUAGCGCUCCAAAAGCCCACCACAGGCGAAGCAAGCCAGCCAGCUGCUGUAGCUCAUAACAGUAGCCAAAAAUACCGUGGAAAAGACUACUUCGAGGAAAGCUCAAAAAGCUACAUCAACUUCACAUAUGAGAGCCCAACCAUAUACCAUGUGGUAGAGUAUUUUUCGCGCAAGCUGGACGAGGCUGGAUUUAGCUACGUGAGUGAGAAGUCCACUUGGUCCGAGGUGAAAAGCGGUAAGUAUUACACCAUCCGGAAUGGCACUAAUCUUGUUGCUUUCAUUUUGGGCAGCGAUUGGAAAUACGAAACAGGUGUCGGUGCCAUUGGCUCGCACAUCGAUGCACUGUGCGCGAAGCUGAAGCCUGUCUCUACCAAGAAAGACGUCGAAGGGUUUCAGUUGCUAGGCGUCGCUCCAUACGGAGGGACCUUGAACACGUACUGGUUCGACAGGGAUCUGGGAAUUGGUGGCCGCGUGCUUGUGCGCGACCCCGACUCAGGCAAGAUUGAAUCGAGGCUGAUUAACUCCGCGCCACACCCUAUUGCGAAGAUCCCCUCGUUGGCUGUGCACUUCGGUGAGCCCGCAAAUGGACCAUUUGACAAGGAAGACCAGGCUGUGCCUGUGAUAGGAUACUCUGGGACUGGCGAUGAUGACGAGGAGGGCGACUCCGAAGACGAGAAGAGGAGUCCACUCUUCGGUAAGCACCCAAUAGGCUUGCUUAGGUACAUCGCGUCCCUUGCGAAGGUGAAAGUGAGCCAACUGGUGCAGGUCGACCUCGAUCUGUUCGACGUGCAGAAAGGCACUUUGGGCGGGUUGAAGAAUGACUUUUUGUUCGCGCCUCGUCUCGACGACCGCCUGUGCAGUUUCUCGGCUGUCAACUCAUUGAUUGAUUUUGCUAAUGACGGGCCUGUGCCUAGGGACGCCUUCAGCAUCGUUGCAUUGUUUGACGACGAAGAAGUUGGCUCUCUCUCGAGACAAGGUGCGCGUGGCGGACUUCUAGAAAGUGUCGUUCAGCGCGUGGUAGCAAACCUACACGGCGAUUCGCCUGAGUUGCUCCGUACGACUUUUGCCAAUUCUCUCAUCAUCUCGGCAGACGUCAACCAUAUGUUCAACCCAAACUUUUCAUCCGUCUAUCUGGAGCAUCACCGGCCAAAGCCCAACGUCGGUGUCACUUUGUCACUGGAUUCAAAUCUACACAUGUCUACCGACGUCGUAGGCCUGGCCGUCGCCGAGGAGCUCGCUCGUCUCAAUGGCGAUAAGCUACAAUACUUUCACAUCAAGAACAACUCACGCUCUGGCGGUACAAUUGGUCCAUUCAUCUCAUCCCAAACCGGUGCCCGUACUAUUGAUCUCGGCAUAGCGCAACUGUCAAUGCACAGUAUCCGUGCUGCUACAGGCUCCAAGGAUAUCGGACUAGCCAUAAAGUUCUUCAAGGGCUUCUUUGCCAACUGGAGAUCAGUUUACGACAAAUUUGGUGAUCUGUAG